AUGAUGACCACAGAAGAUGUACAACCAAUUGAAACUACCAAAGAUGGUGUAGUAGUAUUAAAUUAUAGCGAUUUAAUUGCAGGUAAAGAUUUAUCAGACUCAAUUGAAAAAGCCUAUGGUUACAGUGGUCAUGGUUUAUUAGUUGUUAAAGGUAUUCCAUCAAUUGUUGAAUUACGUGAAAGAUUAUUAAAUCUUGCACCAAGAUAUUCAGCACUUCCAGAUGAAAUCAAAGAAAAAAGUGUACACAAAGAAAGUAAUUUCUCAUUUGGUUGGAGUCAUGGUAAAGAAAUUUUAAGACCAGGUGUAUUUGAUGAAUAUAAAGGAUCAUAUUAUAAUAAUCCACAAUAUGAUCAACCAUUUGAAGAUGAAAAAAUGAUUAAAGAAUUUCCAGAAUCAUGUCACCCAAAUAUUUGGCCAGUUGAAGAUUUUCCAGAGAUGAGACAAGCAUUUAUGGAAUUAGGUCAAACCAUUGUAAAUGUUGGACAAUUGGUAGCAAGACAAUGUGAUAAGUAUACAGUUAAACAAUGUGAAGAUUAUAAAGCAGAUACAUUGGAAACAGUGAUUAAGGAGUCAUUGACAUGUAAAGCACGUCUAUUAUACUAUUUCCCAAUCAAUGAGGAUCAAUCUGAGAGAUCAAGAGACUCAUGGUGCGGUUGGCAUAAUGAUCAUAGUUCAUUGACUGGUUUAUGUCCAGCAAUGUAUUUUACAAUGUCUGAAGAUGGCAAACUUGUUGUCAACUCUGAUAUCCCAUGUCCAGAUGCCGAAGCUGGUUUAUAUGCAAAAUCACGUGAUGAAAAAGAAGUUAAAAUCGCAAUUCCAAAAGAUUGUAUCGCCUAUCAAAUCGGUGAAUGUUCACAAAUUCAAACUGGUGGUCUCUUAAGAGCUACACCACAUGCAGUUCAAGCUAUUAAAUAUCCAGAAAGUAAAAAUGUUGGUCGUGGUACUUUUGCUGUCUUUAUGCAACCAAACGUUGAUGUUGUUUUAAAUACUCCAAAAGGAAAAGAAAAUACUUUUGUUGGUCAGUAUAAACCUGGUAUGAAUUUUGCUGAAUUCUCAAAAGUAACAAUCGAAAAUUAUUAUUCUGAAUAA